CCCCAUCGAGUCAUUCAACAGUCCAGUUCAAGAUACUAUAUAUAUAGGUACUAUAUUUUCUUGUCUUCAUCGAAAAAAUCUUAAAUAACAUUAUUGAGUGAAACUGUUUAGACGCACAAAACUACCUAACUCCUUAAAAUCCAACAUGCUGGUGGAAAAGGUUUUCCUUCAAGUGCUUUCAUUUAUAUUAUUCCUGUGUGUGAUGGAAAGUGACUCAAAGACAUGUCGCAAUCCAAAUCCCAAGGAGAUGAAAAAGUUAAAACGAGGACUCAGUAAUAAUAACGACUUGCCAGAAAGUUUUUAUUUGCUUGAUUCAUUACGAAAAAGCAUCUCCCCCAUACCAGUCAAAUUCAUCAAUAGACUGUACGUCAAAUUAGACAACGAAAGCUCAGAAUGUCCCACAGAUCUUUUACAAAAUAUGGAUCUCUGUCCUGGGUUUAAGGUUAUGGAUUUCGACAAGUUUAGAAUACCCCGGAUGCUGCUGCAGGUUCAUUGCAAAUGCCAGUCAUGUGUAGGAAUGGAAGGAAUAAACAACAAUUCCACACAUUGCGAACGUUUGUAUUACUACAGAAAAGUACUGCGUGUCACGGCUUGUGAUGAGAACGGCGUAUAUGUCUAUAACUAUCACUGGGAGAGGGUCUCUAACGGCUGUGUCUGCAAGAAAAUGGCAGGUGCCCCUCAGCUACAGCAGUGAUUGGUUAAGAGAAAGAUGACAACCCGAUCUACGAAUUCAAAAGCGUUAUGGUUUUAAAACUUUAGCUUGAAUGUGCUUGCUUUUUCUAUUUUGUGAACACAUUUACACUCAGGGUGAAAUUCGGGUUACCUUAUUUACUGAUUCUAGUCAGAAUUCCCAGUGACCAAAUCAUAUACCAUCAAUCCAACAUCGAUUUCCACUGCCAAAAAUCGAUCAAAUAUUGAUCUCCAUUCAAUUCAACAUCGAUCUUCGUUGCCAGAAUCAUCCAACGAGGAAGUAUUUACAUAGUACAACCCAUUCGCCUAUUGGCACAAAUCUCCGCGUGUACCUUACGAACCUGAAAGGAAGUAUAGAAUAAUAAUGUAAGAUCGAACUCAAAUUUAAAUUUUCAUUCAAGGAAGUCACAAUGAUACGCUAUGUUUUUUUUAAUUUACCCUCUCUUCCGUUUCAUUCAUGUGAAAUAAGUUUGUGAACUUUUGUGUAUCCCUGUAAAGUACUGUCUGAUGUACAUACUGUUUAAACUUUAGUUCCAGCAAACUCGCUCGUUGUAUUAUAUAGCCAUAACUUUACCAAGUGUCUUUCAUCACGUAUUUGAUAUUGUACCCGUUUUGACUUUGCAAAUCUGCCAUCCCUAUGCUCCAUUGUCUUUCAUUUGUGAUAGUAGACCCCCCCCCCCUUUUUUUUUAUUCGUUUCAUAUUUCAUAUUGCACUCGUUUUUACUUAACAAAAUUGUCAUAGUAGAUAUGCUUUGUAAUUAAUUUAGAAUUUGAUACUGUAAUCGUUUUGACAUAGCAAAAUUGUGAUAGUAGAUAUGUUUUGUAAUUAGUUUCGUAUUUGAUUUUGUAACCAUUUUGAUUUCACAAAAUUGUCGUAGUGACUGUAUUAGUAAUUGGUGUUGUUCCUCGUUUAUGAUGUCUCUUUUCGUAAUUAUUCGUGUUCAAUAAAAUGAAUCUCUCCUUAAAGUUA